GCCCACCUGUGCCCUGCAGUAUCACCCACCUGUACCCAGCAGUGCACCCACCUGUGCCACUCUGCAGUGUCACACACCUGUGCCCAGAAGUGCCACCUACCUGUGCCCAGCAGUGCCACCCACCUGUGCCCACCCACCUGUGCCCACCAGUGCCACCCACCUGUGCCCACCCACCAGUGCAGCCCAGCAGUGCUGUCAGUCAGUGCCACCAGUCAGUGCCCAGGGGUUGUGCCAGUCAGUGCCCGCCAGUCAGUGCCCAGCAGUGAUGCCAGUCAGUGCCGUCUAUCAGUACCCAUCAUCAGUGUCACCUAUCAGUGCCGCCUAUCAGUG